AUUUAGAGUUAUUUUAUUGGACUGAGAAUUUACAAAGGGGAAUAAAGUAGAAACUGCUAGAGAGUAGGGAUUAAAUUUUGUUUCUUGGUAUCCUCAAUUUGUAGCACAGUAUUUGAUACAAUGGUGCUCAAAAAUGUUUAUCAAAUUAACAAAAUUAUGUAUGGUUAUAACUUUUUAAAAAGGACAUACCUUCACAGGGCUUUAUUUAUACUAGAUCAUGAGAAAAUGCUUUGUAAAUUAAAUGAAUUCAAAAGAAAAGGAAGAAUGAAAUGCUAGAAAGGCAGAGAGACAAAGGAUUAAAGGUAGGUUGUGGCCAGAUUGUAGAGGUCCCUUGUGGACUGAUUACAUUUGGACUUUAUUCUGUAAGGAAAGAGGAGAUCUGAAUCUUCCAGAGGAGAGGAGUGGCUUAAUGAAAUCCAUUCCUGGAUUAACUGCUUAAUUAUAGUGCAAGGACAGAUUUGAAAAGGAGAGUUAGGGAGGGAGACCAGUAUUUCAAACAGCUGCUUAGUAUAGAUAGGUUGUUGGGAUACUUGUCUUGGAAUUGAGCGGAAGAGAGAUUGCCUGUGUUUUGAAGCCUUGCCUCUGUCCCCGCCCCCCAACUUUCCCUCCUAUUCUGUCAGUGAGCCAGGGACAGUCCAGGAAGCGUUUUUUGCCACACUGCUAAUGAGUGAGAGGAUUUGGAAACCACAGGAUCUGCUGCUACUUAACAAUAUAAAAAUAUUUUUUCAACUCUUUCUCCAUUUCGAGCAAUCUUCCAUUGCAGUGGGUUUCAGAUCUGUGAUAGUACAUUGGAACCCAGUUUUGAAGUACAUGGACAAGAGUCAUCAGACAAAAGCUGUUUCCUGUAAGCAGGAGGGUCUUCCCUGUAUUGCGCCCCUAAUAGCCACAGUGGAGGAGACGCCACAGACCAUCUCUGCCCAAGUCCGAGGACAUUUCCCCAAGUGGCUCAAUGGCUCUCUACUUCGAAUUGGACCUGGGAAGUUUGAGUUUGGGAAGGACAAGUACAAUCACUGGUUUGAUGGGAUGGCGUUGCUUCACCAGUUUAGGAUGGAGAAGGGCACCGUCACAUAUAGGAGCAAGUUUCUACAGAGUGAUACAUACAAGGCCAACAGUGCUCAGAAUCGAAUUGUGAUCUCAGAAUUUGGCACACUGGCUCUCCCUGAUCCAUGCAGGAAUGUUUUUGAACGUUUCAUGUCCAAGUUUGAGCUACCUGCAAUAACAGACAACACCAGUGUCAACUAUGUGCGGUACAAGGGUGAUUACUACCUGAGCACUGAGACCAACUUUAUGAAUAAAGUGGACAUUGAAACCCUGGAAAAAACAGAAAAGGUAGACUGGAGCAAAUUCAUUGCUGUGAAUGGAGCAACUGCACAUCCUCAUUAUGACCCAGACGGAACUGCAUACAACAUGGGGAACUCCUAUGGGCCACAUGGUUCUUGCUAUAAUAUUAUUCGGAUUCCUCCAGAAAAGGGGGAUCUUGGAGAUACAAUCCAUGGAGCCCAAGUGAUAUGUUCGAUUGCUUCUGCACCGAGUUUUAAACCUUCUUAUUACCAUAGUUUUGGAAUGACGAAGAACUACAUAAUCUUCAUUGAACAACCUCUAAAAAUGAAUCUGUGGAAAAUAGUCACUUCUAAAAUUCGGGGAAAGGCCUUCUCAGAUGGAAUAAGCUGGGAGCCCCAGUAUAACACACGGUUUCAUGUGGUGAAUAAGCACACUGGACAGCUUCUUCCAGGGAUGUACUACAGUAAACCUUUUGUUACUUUUCAUCAAAUCAAUGCUUUUGAGGACCAGGACUGUGUUGUAAUUGAUUUGUGCUGCCAAGAUAAUGGAAGAAACCUAGAAAUUUACCAACUACAGAAUCUUAGGAAAGCUGGGGAAGGGCUUGAUCAGGUAAACAUCUUUGAUUUUCAGGUGUCAUCAAAAUAAUUUUGAACUAACCAAGUCCUGGUUUUGGCUAUGUAACCUAGAAAUACCUAUUUCUCUUAUCUCUGUGGCAAAUAUGGGAGGAGAUGGUUUAAAGGACACAGCUUUGUCACUUAUUCAUUUAAUACUUGUAAAUAAUUUGAAGUACUUACUUAAUACCUAAUAGAAAGCAUGUAAAAAAAACCCAAGAGAUGUU